AGUCAUGUCGAUCAGAACAGAACACAGCUGAACUAUCUAGAAAACAGUUGACGUGGGUUUUCUGGGGGAAAAUUCCUAACACCCGUUCAGGGAAAAAAAAAUGAUAUAUUUCUUAAAUGUGAUCUACAACAGGAUACGUCGGCAGCACGAAACACGGAUGCAGUGGAUUUGCUUUUGACUACAUUUGAUUCACAACUAAAACAUUGGUUUUCUCUGAGGCUCGGACAGUAUUUCAAGAAAAGUUCUUCAUUAAAAUAAGAAUCGUGAAUCCAAGUACAAACCACACCAGUGGCGUGCAUUUUUCAUCAUAAAAGACCUUGCCCUUUGGACAAGCCGUGUUACACAAUCACAGGUCAACCAUUAAUUGUUGUCAAACAAUUAAACAGGACCUGAGUUGUAGUGUGGGUGACGAGGCAAGGCCCUUGACAUGGAAUGGUGUAAUGCAACCAUUUGUGUCAGAGGCUUCCAUCUUCAUCCAAAACAUCUCCAGAGAUUCACCCAAGUAGAAGAGUAAACAGAAGAAACUCACAGACACUCAGCAGCUGGAUACCGUCCAACCAUUGGUCUAGGAUCCACAAGGCUGCUGUGUUGCUGUGACGAUUGUAGUGACCAACAGGACAAAUGUUUAUGUCGGCCACCAGGAUGGAUUUGUCGUUCGGCAAUUUUGCUGGGCCGGGGUCGAGCUCCGAUCGUGCUCUGUACUCUCCAGAUCUGUCUACAUACACCGGCAGUCCGCAGUCAACGUUCAUGUAUGAGCAAGACGAGGGGCUUGACCGGGGUAAAAACAUGGACAGUGUCUUUGAGUUUCCCCGGCCGAUGGAGAUUAGUGAUCUAGGAGGUGAGCUCAACACCAGUUUCUGGAGUGAGGGGUCGCUGUUGGAGACGUCCUUCGUAGACAGCGGCAAGGCUUCCUUGUGGGACUUCUCUGGGUUUGAUGACAUCUCCAGUCCCUUACAACACCCAGAGGAUGACUUGAGCUACUCGCCGACCUUAGCUGAGCUCAACAACGACGACUCGCAGAGUUUCGAUGCCAUGCUGAGCUCACAUAACGCUUGCAUCAGUUCGGUCGCUUCUAAGAAGAAGUCGGAGGGGCAUAGUAACUUAACAGGUAACCCUGUCAAGGCAGAGUGCAGUAUGGCUGGUCCAGCUGCCGAUGUCGUGUCGGAUGCCAGGAGAGAAUCGGGGAGAGCCUCCCCUGUGCAUGAAACUCUGAUGUCGCCCGAUUGCCCGUCCGUUAAACCCUCCGCCCCGCUGUCCACCAAGCUAGGAGCUCGACCUCACAGAGAGAAGUCAUCCAAAUCCACCGAUAGACUCACUCUCAAGACAGCCCCCACACAUCACCAUCCAAGCAAGCUGAGAAAGCUCAUGAGUCAUCAAAGCUUUCAUCCCAGCAUGUUAGAGCCGAGAGGGGACCAAAAGAGAGGCAAAGACCAGAAAUGGCACGAGAUUCAAUCCUUCAUUCAUGAGGAUGGGACCGACUCACGGGCUAGUGGUAGGAUGGCAGCAGCUCGCAGAACCAGCUCAUCACCUGAGAGAAAGAUACUCAUUGUCAAGGAGGAGUUUGACACUUCCAGAGCGUUCACCAGUGGGGCGACAGAUGGCUACGACUCCCAUGACGAAGGCUUGGGUAGCGAGCAUGAGGAUCAGGAAGAUGAAGAGAAUGAUGACAUCAUGCAGGAGGGGGAGGGGCUUAGUGAUGUCGAGGAGGAGGAGGAAGAUGACGACGACGCAUGCAGUGACAUGUCAGAGGACCAUGGUGUGGCCACCACUUCCAGCACCGCCCGGGGCCUGUUUCCUCCAAAGGUCAAAUCUCGUCGGAGCGAGUACGACGACCUGACCCCUAACCCUAAGAGACUCUUGUUGAUCGGCAACGAGCUGCAUAAACUCAACAAGGUCAUCAGUGGUAUGAUUCCUGUCAGCGCCCUGCCGCCUAACGCCAGGAAUCGAUCCAGGAAGGAGAAGAACAAACUCGCAUCAAGAGCUUGCCGUCUGAAGAAGAAAGCUCAACACGAGGCCAACAAAGUCAAGCUGUAUGGCUUGGAGAAGGAACGCGAUCGGUUGAUGCAGGUGAUCAAAGCAAUCCGGAGUGAAGUAAUCGUUUAUCUAAACCAACAACCCAAGGAAUCACCGUGUCUCUCGGACAAACUCAACGCUCUCAUCAAAAGCAUACUCGGUCAGAUGGUGGCCAAUCACACGAAGGAGUUUGUGAGUGGCGUCUUGGAGAAAGCGGCCACUGGGAGCAAGGCGAGCGGAGGACUGAACUUCUUGACCAAUCACGAUUGAGACGAGAUGAAUAUGGAGAUGGAAAUCCAAGGAUGCUGAACAAAAGAUCGGAAGCCUGGUUCUGAAGAUUCUUCAGGCUAGGAAGUUGUACCUUAAGUUUCAUAUUUCAUUCUGAUAGUUAUGUAUACAGCAUUUGUUACUCUUUUGUUUUGGGUUGGAGGGGGAGGAGGCAAUUCAAUCAUCCACGGUCGGCCCCCCCCCCCCCCCACCCAUUCUGACAAAAAAAUAUGCAAUUUUUUCAUUUUUCCAAAAUUCUUACAGAUAUUGCAGAGUCAACUUGUUAUCAACUUCUUAAGACAAAGAAAAUACAGCCCUAAAAAAAAUGACUUAGAAUGCCAGAAUCAAAACAGUGGCAGCAACAAAAUGUAAGUAUCGGUGUGAUAAAUUGAUAAUAAUUCCACAGCAGAAUUGCCCCAUAUGUUACUUUAUAUUUUUAGCCAUUUUCCAUUCAGUUCAUAUUUAAAAAAAAAAAAAAAAGGGGGGGGGGGCGGGGGAUAUUUACUUGUGUUACGACUGUAGGGAUACUCAAAUAAUGUUUCUACAUGUACAUGUACAGCAUAGCCUUAAUGUCGAGCAUGUGGUUGUCUUAAGAUUAACACAAUCUUGUAUAAGUUGUACCAGAGACAUUUUUGUUCAUGUAAAUAAGACUUGUGUAUAUAGAAUGUUCCUCUGCAUAUUUUGUAUUCUACAUCUUUUCCCUUAAUCCAAUCUCUAUUUAUGAAUAACUACAUUUUUUUUGUGUUCACAUGGAACACGUUUCCUGGGUAUCACACUUAAACUAGUGUUUAUUUAGUUUUAAUGGAUGUGGCAUCUUUUUGCCUUCACAUGUUUUGAUGUAUCUCUUCCUCACUUGUUGGGUGUGUUGCUUGUAAAUAUGUAAAUAAUAACAAAGUUGUAUUUAUAGAGGAUAUCAAGCUAAUAUAUAUAAGGAAUGUUAUAUAAUGCUACAAGUGAAAAAAAAAGCUGUACAGAUGUAUACACCGUUACUCAUAGAAAGGUCCGGAGGACAUAUAUUGGAAACAAAGAAGAUUUCUCGGUAGUUAGAAUGCUCACUUUGCGACUAAUUUUAUAUGUAUUUGCAAUCUUUAUAUAUCGGAGGAUAUCUAUAUGAUACACAGAACAUCUAAUAAAUCCUGCCCAAAAUUAGUUUCUUAGAAAUGAAAUGAAUCCAGUUUGUGUUUUAUGGUAGUUCUUAAUGUUUCAGUAAGAUUGCUGACAAAAAAUUAAUGAUUUUUCUCUCAAGUCAAUAAAAAUAAGCGUUCUUGAAAAUAAAAGUGGCAGUUUAUUGUCUAGAAGUUUAAAAGCUUUUUAAGUAAAAUGACGAGUAUGUAAUUGGAUUUAAAAACAAAAUGAACAGGGUUUGCCAGCAUUAAUAAAUUGAAAAGAAAAAAAAAUGGAAUAUUUUCCAUGUAUUCAGGAAAGACAUUCCCAUGCAUUUCAAACACUUCAGUACUGGGUGCAAAUUCAAAAAAAAUCGACAGUUUUAAAAUAUGUUUUAAAAAUUCUCCUCAAAACGGUCCUUGAGAUGGAUGCGGUUUUAAGUGCCUCAACUAUUAUUUCUGUAAAAAAAAAUAUUGAAAAAUUACAAAUAAAAAAAAAUGAACAUGGAAAACAUUUUCUUCUAUUCUAUAUAUUAUGUAAAUUGCACAAGAUGGCUGACCAAUGAAAAUUCAUUUAUUUAUUUAUUUUGAUUAUUUGCUGUUUGUGCCUGAUGUGUUUCUGUUUGUGAAAUUAAAAGUCAUUGUGUAGAUGCCAUGUUGUUAACUUUUAAAUUCUCACAAAACGUUAUGACUAAGAAGAUAUUUAUGAUUGUACAGGUUCUUCAUUUUUUUGUUUGUAAGCAAGAAACAAGUUUUAUUUUUGGAGCAGAAUUUGCAAUAGAUGGUAAUUUCACGUGUACAGAUACAGUAUUUGAAUAAUCCCGACUGUUUGUGUGUGCAUUUCCUAUAGGCCUUCCAACUUGUUAAAUGUUUGCCUUAUAUGGCUUACACAACAAAACCAUAACAAAUAAAUACAUUUGUAAAUAUAAAUUAAGAUUUUACAUUGUGCAAGGAACAACGUAAGCAGAAUUAAAAAACAAAAAGUUGUAUGAGGAAAGUUAAUUUGACAAAGUGAUUUUGACCAGUUUUCUUUUAAAAUUUAGAAAAUUAAUUAAGUCAUCAUUAAGUAAGUCUGAAUGUUUUCUUUCUUUGUCAGUAUUUUCUUUUUUAUGAUAGCUGAUACUGAAACAUGUAUGAAUCUUGGAUCUCUAAAGUAGAGUUUCUGGAUUCGUUGUGGAGGGGUAUUUUACUCUCUAUUUUACGAGAAUUUUGGGAAUUAAGUUAAAGUUAAAAAUGAAAAUCCAGUGUGUGACUCCAACCUUAAGGUAUUUCUUGAUUAUUAUUCUUAUUUUAUUUAAUUAUUUUAGUUAGAAAAUAGAUUGCUUGCAGAAACUGGUAGUUCUUUUGGGAGAAAAAAAAAUCCUCGGAGUGCCAUUUUUUUUCUUCAAUUUAAUUUUUUGUUGGUGCAUUCCAGAAACAAUUCAUCUGACCAUAGAGCUAGGAUCCACAGGUUAUUAUUAUUGAUGGGAUAAGGUGUUAAUCCGAAUAUAACUUUUGGGGAUGUUCUUUAUAUGUAGUCAUUAUAUUUUUAAAAAUAUCUAUAAAUAUGAAACAUUAGCUCAGGACCGCAUUGGUGUAGAUUGAAGAAUGUUGUAUUUACUGCACGUGUAGAAGGAAAGAAAAAUAUUUGAUUUGAAGCUUACGAGGCUUAUUGUAAUAUAAACAUUCUGUAUGGUUGAAAUUACUUACGUUGUAAAUAAGAAUCAAUUUUCAGUUAAUGUUAAUUAAGUGUCAGUACGGUGUAAAAAAUCAAUAUAUCUACACUCAUUUCAAAGGAAGUAUUUUUGUACUGAUAUGCAAAAAACGGAGAUAAUAAAUAAAAUGCACUUCUAAUGCAAAUAUUUUUAAAAUCAAAACUUGUGCGGUAUAUAUUCAUUCAUUUUUCCUUCAUCUUGUUCACUUUUUUGAAGUUUUUUUGUUGUUGAAACAUUUCCAUUUGCAGCGAUAGAGAAUGACGUUAAACAGGCAACAGUGUGUGAUAUAUUUGUAUUUUUUUGCACUGAACUGACAAAAAACCUAUAAAUAUAAAUUUAAACAACUAUAUAAACAGCUUGACUUCGACGUUAAAAUGUAUAUGCGUACGUGGAUUAUGUUAAAAAAAGAAAAAAGAAGAAGAAGAAACAGUUGAAUAAAAUCUGUUUCACCGAA